AUGCGAGCUUCAACUCACAGCUGGCUGCUGCUAGUGGUAGUCUUGUCGCUUUCAUCUUUCACCGUUAACGCUGUAAUUUUGGAAGGACUGAUCCCGCCGAGAUCGCAUCUGGCUCCAUCGACAUUCCAACAGCCUUUUGCUCUUUCGUCCUAUCUGCAAAAAUUGUUUGGCACCUCGCUUCGAGCAUUGUACGGCGCUGAGCAAAACAGGCAGACCAGUGUCAAGACAUUCGGAUUGAGAGAAGCUUACCAUCAGGGAAUUGGAGACAAGGCACACGAGCGGGCAAGGGCCACGUUUGAUUUCCGAAUCACUGCGAAUGACGUACAGGCUGAUCAGGCCAACAUUGAUUUCAUCCCUGCCAUCCGCACCGUCCGACAGCGCAUCACUAGAGCCAAAGAUCCGAAAAAGUACGUCGAGGUGCGCGGUCAGUCGUACAGGGAUGCAAUGUGCGCUGCCUCAACCGAAUUGGAUUGGGAGGACGUCGAUGUGGAAGCACCGGACGUGACCGAACGGACAACAGUGCUUGCUUUCGCCAAGAUGGCUUCGGCAGCGUACAAGAACGACACGUCUGACUGGGAUGGUAUCGGAGGCUUUGAUCCCACCAACUCGUUCGGCUGGGAAGGCGAUGGCAUCCGCGGCCACAUUUUCACCACGCACGACAACGACACGAUUGUUGUGGCGCUCAAGGGAACCUCUAAUGUGUUUUUGGGUGGUGGCGAUACCGCGCGUCGAGACAAGACCAACGACAAUCUGCUCUUCUCGUGCUGCUGCGCGCGAGUGUCGUGGUCGUGGUCGACUGUAUGCGACUGCUACCAGGGCCACGGCGAUCAAUGCGGACAGACGUGUGUGGAACGCGCGCUUAUCGAAAAGUCGCUUUAUUAUCCUGCCAUCACGGAUCUGUUCAACAAUGUCUCGUACGCCUACCCAGACUCGCAGAUCUGGAUCACAGGGCACAGUCUCGGAGGUGCACUAUCAUCUCUGUUGGGCAUGACGUUUGGCGUUCCGACGGUGACGUUCCAGGCGCCCGGUGAACGCAUGGCAGCGAUGCGACUGCACCUGCCUCUACCACCUGCCAAACAUGCGGACGAGAGUCCGGUGGCAGCAUUGCCCAUUGUGCACGUCUACAACAAUGCAGAUCCAAUCGCGACGGGCACGUGCAACGGCGCUGCGUCGGUAUGCUCCAACUUUGGCUACGCGAUGGAGUCCAAGUGUCACUCGGGCAAGAGCAUUGUAUACGACACUGUAGGCAAGCUGGGCUGGUCCAUGACGAUCAAUGCACACCGCAUCAACACUCUGGUCGAUGACGUGUUGACAGAGGACUGGAGCGAAAAGGUGCGCAAGAAAAAGGCAAAGUUGCGCAGCAUUGGUAGUCGAGGUGGUCAGAUCAGCACGCGUGGCUGGAGAUGGCCAUGGCAUAGGGGGGACAGUGCUGACGAUGACGGGGAUUCGGACGAGGAUACGGAUGAGGAUGACAAGCUUGCCGUACCGAAAGCGAGGUCAGAGGAGAGAUGCCAGGAUUGCACCAAUUGGCACUUUACCGAUGAGACUCUGUAG